AUGGCGGCCUCACAUAAACAAGACCCAAUUGUGCUGGUCAUAGAUUUCCACCAUGCACGGGGCCCCGAGAUUGAACACUGUAUCGGCGAUGAAGGAACUGAUCCCGCAACCGAAAAUGACUGGUCCUUGCUACCGUUCAUGGCUCUGUCGGACGGGGCGCAUCUGUCUACCGAGGAAUUCUCUUAUUUUACGCUCCGUCGAAAAGAAACCCCGACGGUCCCGGCUACUUCUCUGUUUGGUAUUGCGUGCUCCCGGCAGAUGGACUCCAAGAUUCUUAUCCAUCGCCCGCCCGAUGUAACGCGAUCAACGGUCCAGAAGGCUGUUGUGGUUGUGACGGAUACACCGCAAAGAGUUGGCCAAUUGCGCGAGAAGCUCUCCGUGGUGACCUCGGCCUGGUUUGCGCAACGCGACUUUUCGGACAUUGAUAUUCUGAAGAAAUUCCGCGAGGGCCUGGUGAUCAGCCUGCAAAAUGACGAUGCCUCCAAAGACCAGGCUCUGGGCCUUUCCCUCCGAGAGAUGAUCCACGAAUUUAAAUACCAGACCUUGGUUCUCUUUAAAGCAUUACUGCUGCAGCCCAAGAUACUCUUUUUUGGCUCGCGUUGUGAACGGCUGUGCAUGAUUCAAUUCUCGCUCAUUUCCUUAAUACCUGGUCUCAUCGACUGCCUCCAUGACUGCGCAGAUCCCGCCUCUGACAGCUAUGCCCAAACGGUGGAGAAGCCAACGUCGCUUAAGACCAGCGACAGAACCUCCUUGCUGGCAUACAUGGGUCUGCCUUUGCAGAUAUUCGGCAGGGGAAGCAUGUUUGGUCCCUAUACGCCUCUCCAGCAGCUGGAUCUGCUGGCAGAUGACGGAACAAAGUCGUAUGUGGUGGGGUCAACGAACUCGCUGCUCUUGCAACAGAAGGACCGCUACAGUGAUAUCUUAAUCAACCUCGACGAAGACACAAUCAGCAUUUCAUCCCCAUCACUCCGCAAUGCCUUGUAUCUGUCCACAGCCGAUAGGCGCUGGAUCGACUUGCUGACGCAAAUUGUCAACGAAACCUGGGAUGAAGCUCACCCGCAACUACCCAAGACCCACGGUUUUAUGGGCUCGGAAGAGUUUAUUCGCCUUCAGUUCGAAGAAUAUCUGCUGGCAUUACUGUCGAGCAUGAAAUACCACGAGGAACUCACUGCGUUCACAUCUGGGGGGUCGGCACAUCGGGGCAGGGCACAGCUGCAAAAUUUUAACAUCGAAGGCGACCCGGCGCUCGAUUUCAACUCGGAAUUCCUUACUCAGUGGCAGAAGACAUCCAACUAUGCCCUGUUCUCGCGUCUCACCUCGGAUGCACUCUUGUUUUCCAUCACCGAGCCACGACACCCCAGUGCGGGCGGUCUGACCAUGGAUGAUAUCCAGCGCCGCGUUUCCCAGCAGGUGGCCGACCUCCAUCUGGAUGAGCGAGUGCGCGAGGGCCGAGAGGCACUGAACCGCCACUUUGCAAUGGGGCAGAAGAAAGUGAGUGCCGCGUUCAACAGCUUCUGGUCUGAUGUCGAAGCUGGACGGGAGGCCCAGCGCAAACGGGGCGAAGAGAAAGUCUCGCAGUCGCAACGCGUCUCCAUGGAAAAUGACGCCCAGAUUUCCUCGCCCCCGGUUUCCUCUCCCGAUCCCGCCUCCGAUGCCUCCGGGUCCCGCCGCGGAGCCUCCAUCGACCUGACCGGGGCCCAAGCCUCGGUGAGCGCCGCCGGCCAGCGCGCCAGCGCAUAUUUCAGCUCAUGGGGGUCGUGGGCUACCGAAAAGCGCCGCGAGUGGCAAGAGAAGCGCAGCGCCUCGCCCAGUCCUCACCUGGGCAGCUCUGCAUCGCCCUCCACUCCACCUCUGCCAGCGGUCCCUGAAACAGGCGCCGAUUCGGACCGCGGCCGCCGCGACUCUAUGCAGGCUCAAAGCGACGAGCCCGACGGUCUCGCGCGCAGUGUCAGCCGCCGAAAGCGCUGGAGCAAUAUCCUGCUGCGCCGCGAUAGCUCUGACUUCGCUCCUGUCCCGAAACACGACGAGAACGUCGCCCUUGACUCUGCGAACACUAACCACGACGGCUCCUAUCCCAAGUCUCCGCUGUCGCAGGGUUUCCCUGCCUAUGACACCGAGGAGCCUGACACAAAAAACCACAAUGCCCCCCCGCAAAAAUCCAUUGAUGUUGCUCCCGUCGACGCUGAUGGCUUCAGCACUGUCCCGCUCUCCCCGAACCACGGUCUCGGUCUGACGGUCAAGCCUGCCGAUGAGAGCGUCUCUCUGCCGAACCCGGACGCUGAUCCCUCACCGGCUGCGUUACCUGCCAAUGACGAAGAGCAUGCGACCAAGACUGCCUCCGACUCAACCGGCACCAAGUGA